UAAAAUGCAAAAACAAAUAAAGAAAAGAAACUAAUCUUUCCCAUUUAUUGUCUUUCUUGAAUUCAUCGCUCUCACCAUUGUCACUCUGUUACUUAUAAACAUUCUUUUAUUCAUUAUUUAAAUCUUUGUUUGAAUCUUUCUCCCCAUUUAUGAUCUCUAAUUUUCUUUUUCUUAUUUUCUUGAUUACUAUUUGGUAGAGUGUAGUAGGUUAUAGCACACAUUUUCUUUAUUGAUUGGUUAGGCUAAUCUUUCUGCUUACCUUCUUGAAAAAUCUGAAAACUAAUUAGUAAUUUUCUUUUCUUUUUUCUAAAUCUUGUAAUAGUUUCAAACUAAAAUGUCUAUCUUGAGCAAAGACAAUAGCAAUAGCAGCAACAUGGGUACACCUUCUUUCUACGAGUUCAAGAAACAAGCUUCUUUUUUCUUUAAAGAAAAGAUCAAGAGUGCAAGAUUGGCUCUAACAGAUGUUACACCUGCAGAACUAUUGACUGAGGAAGCUACAAAUGGAAAUCCAUGGGCACCAGACUCACGAACUCUUGGAUCUAUUUCAAGAGCUGCUUUUGAAGUUGAUGAUUAUUGGAGAAUUGUUGAGAUUCUACACAAGAGGUUUUUAAGAUUUGAAAGAAAGAAAUGGAGGGUUUCUUACAAUUCACUAAUUGUGCUUGAACACUUGUUGACUCAUGGACCUGAAAGUGUAGCUGGGGAGUUUCAGAAUGAUGUAGAGGUUAUUAAAGAAAUGGAAGGCUUUCAAUACAUAGAUGAAAAAGGAUUCAAUUGGGGGCUUAUUGUUAGAAAGAAAUCAGAAAGAAUAUUAAAACUGCUUCAGAAAGAAGUUUUGUUAAAAGAAGAAAGGGAGAGAGCAAGAAAGUUGACCAGAGGAAUUCAAGGAUUUGGUAGCUUUUGCCAGAGAUCACAAGGAAUUCUUCAAGAAUCAUCUUCACACGGAACGUUUGCAAGAAGCAAUUCUCAGUUUAACAGUCAAGAUUCUCAAGAAAAUGAAUUAUCGCUUUCAAAUCAAGAAAAUUUGAUACAGAAAAAUGAUACAUCUGUUGAUGCCACUUCCGAGCAGGGCAAAAGAAUGCAGAACUCCAAAUCUGCUAAUAGUUUCAGUAAUGACUGGAUGCUUGAGAGAACAGAAACAAGUUUCAAAGAAAAUAUGGCUCCUAAAAAGGAAGAGUUACAUAACUGGAAUAUCUCUGGAGAGGAUGAUAAUCCACUGUUAGAUGACAAGAGAGAUGAAGUACAGAUUGUAGAAGAAGAUCACCCAUUUAGUGGUACCGAGAAGGAAACAGUCGCUUCUCUCCUUCCACUGAGAGAAGGAAUCCUGCAAGGAUGUUAGGGUUUGAGAUUUUGUUGUAGCAGAUAUUGCAUCUGCAAAAUUUCCAGAAAUAUCUUAUCAGUGGCUAAGAUUUGUUGUUGCUGUCAUUUUAUGUUGCAGGUUUGAUAAUGUUGUCUUAUUGUCCUAAUGUAUACUAAGACAAGGCUUGUAUUCAUGAACUUUUACAUAACGUGGUAGAAAAGCCACUUCCUGUA